AUGUCAAGUGGUUCGAAGCAGCUAGAAGACGAGGACGAUGAUUGGUUCGAGAAGGAUGAAGACGAUUUCGUUGUGGCAGGAACGGGCAAACCGAAUUGUUCCGUCGAAGCCGGCACCUCCGACCGGGCCGCCUCCGUAGCAGAUCUACUUGAUAAUUUAAAGAUUUUCUCUGAAGAUUAUGACGGAAACUACGUUGACCCGACGAAGAACGCCGGUUCACACAAGGCCGGAACUACGUUUACGCUUGCCCAGAACGCAGCGACAAAGUACGUGCAAACCAUUCCGUACACCAAGCUGAUAAACAUCGUGGAAAACGAUGCCCUCACUUUGCUGGCCGAUGUGUACGUCCAACGGGAGGAGUUUGUGGCCACUCUGGCGAAAAAAACCUACGGUGCCGAGCUGCUGCUGGUGCUGAUGAGAAUUAUGACCAAACUCAGCACGCUUCCGAUGUACGAAACGAUCCGUCAGUUUUACGCUGUCCUCCUGGAGCAGGACCACUUUUGGGAGCAGCUCUCCAAGUUCCUGGAGCAGUCUCCGGAAGUGGAGAAAAGGAAGAAGAAAAAGAAGACCAGCAUCGUGCGGCCAACGGUCGCGCGGACGGAGAUGGUAGAUGUGUUGCUGAAAUUAUUGACCCAAGCCAAGCUGCACGUCGCUCUCGGUGCUACCGUUACUCGGUUUUGUCGCAAACUGAAGCAACAUGUUCCGGAUAUGGAAACUGCUCAUAGAGAGCUUCUGGCAGCCCUAACUGUCUCUCCUGUGGAUAGUGGGACAAAGGAUACGAUCAGUAUCUACCCAUCCAUCGAGGAUAUCAACCAGGAGGAAGGGCCUCCCCUGAAUCUGAAGCGAAACAUCGUCAAAGGAAGGUUCGAAAACGUGGAGCACUACCUGGAGGUGCACUUGAACCUUCUGAAGGAAGAUUUUAUGAUUCCACUGCGCGUCGGGCUAAACCAGUACCGGGCGUUUGUCGAAAAGCAUGGCAUCGAUGAGACAUUCGCGAACGACAGCAUUCGCGUGCACUAUCCCGUCAAGCUGCUGCUUCCCUCGCGGAUCAGUCGCCGGACACAGAAGGAGCAACUGAUCGUGGUCGACCUGGAUCCGGCCAGGCGUGGCUUUGCGAAUGUUUCCGCGCGCUACAGCAGACUCGAUCUAUCAGCGUCCAAGCGGCUGCUACACGGGUCGUUGCUACUGUUUAGCAGUGGACCAACGUUGCCCGAUCUGAUCGUGGCGAUCGUUAGCCACCGUGAUAAUACCGAUCUGAAGAAUGGUUUCAUCAACGUGGAGAUCAUUCGCAUCGAGUGGGGCACAUCGGCCAGCAACGACGAUGGGUGCGAAGUGUUCAAUCGGCCGCUGCUGAUGGUGGAGAGUGAAAUCUUUUUCGAACCUUAUCAUCAGGUGUUUAACGCGUUGUGCCGUUUGCGGGCCGACAGUUUCCCCAUGAAGUCGUACAUCGUGGACGUGGAACAACCGGCACACUGCUUGCCAGCGUACGCCAGCCAAACUAACGCUCACUUCUUUCGGUACGCCGGUGUAGAGUUUGAUCUGAAGCAACCGCAAAGCUGGCCGAUGGAGACGCUUGCCGCUGCCAUCGGGCUGAACGAUUCGCAGUACGAGGCCUAUCGUAUGGCUCUGACCAAUCGCUUCGCGCUGAUUCAGGGGCCACCGGGAACGGGUAAAACAUUCAUUGGAUUGAAGAUCGUCGAAACGCUUCUCGCCAAUACCGAUCGGCAGCUGGUGCUGAUUUGCGUCACUAACCAUGCGCUCGAUCAGUUUCUCUGCGGAGUGAUACGGCACACGGAGAGUGUCGUGAGAAUGGGCAAUCAGUCGAAGCAUCCACUGUUGGACGCUUACAACGUGAAGCAGCUAAACGAGGAUCAACCGAUCGACAAGUGGCUACGGAUCGGGUACUAUAACACCAAGCAGGAAUAUCUGAAGUUGCUCGAACAGUUCGAAGAGCUGCAGAAGCAGCAACAGGGUUCGAAUGAUCUGAACAAAGCGCUAAUGGAGUGUAUGGAUAAACUGCAGCAGAUUUCACGACGUCUCAACGAGCUGAGUCAGCUAAGCAGCCUGAAGGCAAUCCGGGACAUUCGCGUGAUCGGUAUGACGACGACAUUUGCAGCCCGGAAUCGAGUGCUGCUCGAGCUGCUCCGCACACCGAUAGUGAUCAUUGAGGAGGCGGCCGAGGUGCUCGAGGCACACAUCGUGGCCUCGCUAACGAAGCACACACAGCACUGCAUCCUGAUCGGGGACCACAAACAACUUCGGCCAACGACCAGCACGUACGUUAUGUCCGCACGUUACAAACUCGAUCUAUCGCUGUUCGAACGAAUGAUCAACAAUCAGUUCAGUGUGGCCACCAUGACGGUGCAGCAUCGAAUGCGCCCGGAAAUUGCGAACCUUCUGCGACCCACCAUCUACCGAGUGCUGGAGGAUGCCAAACCGGUCACCCUGUACCCAUCGAUCAUGGGUAUGCGGCAUAGUUUGUACUUCCUAACGCACACCUUCCCCGAGGCUGGCGCUCGUUCGGAAGCGACCGCGAAGUCGUCCGAAAAAGUAGCCGAAGAGGGUGGUGAUGAGAAAUCGAAGCGGAACACGUUCGAGUGCAGGUUUGUGCUCGCACUUUGCGAGUACAUUCUCGGCCAAGGUCCCUACGUUGCCGAAGACAUCACUAUCCUAACGGCGUACAACGGGCAGAUGCUUCAGUUGGUUACGGAACGUAAAGCUCGGCCAGCUCUCCAAGGUGUACGGAUUGCCGUGAUCGACAGCUUUCAGGGUGAAGAAAGUAGGAUCGUGUUGCUUUCGCUGGUGCGCAGCAGUAGCCAUCCGGGCGAUACGAUAGGGUUCCUUGCGCACGAGAAUCGUAUCAGCGUGGCGCUUUCCCGGGCGAGGGAAGGAUUGUACAUCGUGGGCAACAUGUCGUUGCUUGCCAGCUGUUCUCGCAAGUGGGCACAAGUAGAGCGGAUACUGCGGGAACAAACGGCUAUCGGGCAGUCGGUGCCACUACAGUGCGCCGAGCAUGGAACCGUUGUGGAGGUGAAGCACCCGGAAGAGCUGGAACAGCUCAAUCGCGAUCGCAGAUGUGCGUGCAGCUUAUCAGUCAUCAGCCCUUGAAGAACUCGAAGAACAAGACAAAAGUUGAUUUGAACUAAACGCAGUAAAUGUUGCACCACUUUCAAUUGAAUCCAUUGAAGAUAGGUUCAUUUAAAGGCGA